UUGAGAUGUAUGUGAGCUAAGCUGGCUACUAUUUAUGAAGGGUGCGUAGCACAGAAGAACUGAUGCUAAUCUGGUGCAGGUGCGUGACCUUCCACCUUCAUAUAGAGUUUGUCCAAUAAAAUUGAAGAGGUCGACAUUAAUGUCGAAGACUUACAGAACUACUUGAGGAGUUAUUGACCAAUAUAUGAUCGACUAAUCAGCUACGCAUAGCUCUUUAUCAGAUCGUCUUUUCAUGCUUACGAUAGAUAUUUCUUAAACUGGCUGAAGUUUGUUUGUUUUAGUGUACGAUAUGUUGCAUGAAUCUUUCAUUAACGAAAUGAGGUAUAACUUUGAUAUCAACCCGUGCUUAUUCAAAUGACUGAGCUACGUUAACUCGCAGGGAAUAAUUGCAGUUUGAUACAUUCAAUUAAAUGUCCGAUUCAGAGGAUUCAGAUAUAGGUUUACUUGUGCAAGCACUACCAGUUUCAGAUUUUGAUUUGAAUGACCCACCUAAUUACGAGAAGGCUCUUACAUCACCUGAUGAAUACUUAAAAUUUGUGCGGUAUCAAGCUUUAUCAUUCCCGAGUGUGUUAUGUUGUCGCGACCUACCUACAAGUAUGGUCAACCAAACGGCUACCUCAACAACUGAGUAUGCUAAAUCGACUGACAAUGACAUUCAAAAAACUUACAAAGUCAUUUCUACAAAAAUUUCAAGGCAAUUACAAGAAAAUCAAGUCAUUCAUUUCCGUAAAACUGUUGAUGAAUACCAAUGUUUGAAGUCACUGGUCUUGAGAAAUUCCGAUGAUAUGACAAAAACUGUUAUUCCAAUAAAUAAAACAACAAUACUUGAACACUCUCCAUCCUUAACUUGGAUCGCUCAACGCACCAGGUCAGAAAUUAUGACAUUGAUUAAUUUGGUUGCAUCCUUAUGUACCAAAAUGCACUGGAGUUCUAAAUUGAACGUGUGGAUUUUUUCUCUUCUGGUGGCUUUGGAACCACCAUUUCAUCCAGAUUUAUGCCAUGAUCUUCGCACUAUCGUUAAACGAUGCCGCAAAUUAAGACGGGUAAGGUAUAGAUUUUGUUUACAACUGUUUUCUAUCCACAGGAUUUCGAACAGUCAUCAUUUCCUACCAGUGAUAAUAGUGUGAAACAGUGCAGUGUUGUCGCUGAAGAUAUUAAAUUUUUCAAUUUAUGUAUCAAUCUUAUAUCUCAUACUUUUGGCCAAUCUGAUCUAGCUGAUGAAUUAACUGACUAAAUGAUUUCCGUCUUUCUGUAUUCUUUUCUAAACUGGUAUUCAUGUGUAAAUAAUAAUUUUAUUUCACAGAUUUCUGCUUUUCUUAAUUUGAACUAUCUAAUUAGUGAUACACAUUGAAAUUGAAUAUUCUGUUCAAUUUAUACUUUGUUCGUAUGCAACAUUAAACAACUAUGAUUACGUGUUGAACUUACUCCCUAAUUUUAUUUCCUUAGAAGUUCUUUUAUGGAUACGUAUAAAUCAACAAAUUGUAUAAAGCCUUAAUAAACUUAAGUAACCCGUAGUAUAAUUAAUUAGAUGAUUACUUGUAUUCCGUUUUAUUGUUCAAUAAAUCACCGAGAUUAUGGAGAAUAUUUGUAGCCCGGGAUGAACAUUUGAAGGCAUUUUGUUCUGAACUAGACAGUUUAAUCGUGAACCUUUCAUCAUCUUUUCCGACAACAGUAUCAAUACACACACUUCAAUAAGAGGUGGUUCAUUAGAAUAUCUCUACAAAUUUCUAG